AUUACUACUUUGUUAGUAUAUAAAUUCGGAAAUCUCCAAAAAAUAGCCACAAGUCUCUCUGGAUUUCAAUUUGUGAACAGUGCCCGAAAAUCUUUACUCAAAAUGUUCAAGUUAUCGGUAUUCGUGUGUUGUUUGUACUUCUGUGCUUUAACACCUUAUUUAGUUUCUGCCAUGACAGCUGAACAGAAGGCUAUAAUCCAUGAGCACUUCGAGACCAUCGGCAAGGCUUGUAACAAAGACAGCACUGUGAUAACAGCAGACGAUGUCGUCAAUCUACGAGCUAGGAAGAUGCCGAGCGGUCCAAAUGCGCCUUGCUUCUUGGCUUGCAUGAUGAAGCAAAUUGGCAUUAUGGAUGAUAACGGAAUGGUGCAGAAAGAGAAUGUGCUUGAAAUGGCCAAAGCUGUAUUCGACGAUCCCGAAGAACUGAAGGCAAUCGAAGACUACCUGCACUCCUGCUCACAAGUUAACACUGAGUCGGUCAGUGAUGGUGCUGCCGGCUGUGAGCGUGCUAUGCUGGCGUACAAAUGCAUGAUAGAGAAUGCUUCCAAGUUUGGCUUCGAUAUUUAAGCGAGCCUCAUUCAAAUACCGGACGGACUCCACGAACCUAUGAAACGAUUUGAAGAAUUGAGAUUGUACCUCUAAUACUAUGUUAUGCUAAUUUAAGUGAUAUUUGGAUUGGAUUAAAUUUGUUAUAUAAUUA